AUGAGCCGUGCGGGGAUGAGGCAGCUUUCGCUGCUUCGGGCGUCAAGCCAAUGCUUGUCGACCCGGACCCUAGCAACCACUGCAAGGUGGCCGAUUGCUCGCUCAGCACCUGUAUCACUGACUUUGUUGGGACGCCAGAGAUCUCGACCUUUCAGCACAACACGACCUCGCAGAAACGAAAAUGACGAAGAGGAAGACAGCUCUUACAGCGAAGCCGACCAUGAACAUGCCGUCAUUUCCACUUUUGACCUGUUUUCCAUCGGCAUUGGACCCUCGUCAUCUCACACCGUUGGUCCCAUGCGUGCUGGUAACAUUUUUGUCAACGAUCUUAUCGACGCCAAUCUGCUUCACAAGGUCAACAAAAUCCGUGUCGCUAUCUAUGGAAGUCUUGCACUCACCGGCGAGGGCCAUAUGACCCCCUCAGCUCUUCUCCUCGGUCUUGAAGGCGCCGAUGUGGAGACAAUCGACACAGGAUAUGUGCCCAGUCGUUUCGACGACAUCAAGGCCAGCAAGAAGAUCUAUCUCGGUCGUGGACUCUCCGCAGAUGGAUCCAAGGGCAAAGAGAUUGAUUUCGACUACGAAAGGGAAUUUAUCUGGGAGUGGGGUCGCAAACUGCCGCAGCACAGCAAUGGAAUGCGCUUCACCGUCUACGACAAAGAAGGCUACGUCUUGGCCACAAACGACAUGUUCAGUGUGGGCGGCGGUUUCGUCGUCAACGGUGCUCUAAGCAUAGCGCCCCAAGAGACCCUCUCUCCGAAUGGCACGGCCCAGCUUGAGGCAGCCGACUUGGAGCAGACGGCCCAUCCGGCUGAUUUGGCCGAGAACAUGUACUACAAGGAGAUUCGGCGAUCGGACGCCGCGGGAGAUCGCAGGACAGGCACUGAAGUCAAGGCCCUCGACGAAGCCAGCGAGGGCCCAAGCGCUCUUCUCGGAGACUCACCUGAGCCAACUGCUGUGUCUGCCGAUGUCAAGUCUGAGACCAAGAGUACCAGCUCCUCACCGCAUCCGCGGUACCCCUUCCGAGAUGCAGCUAGUCUCCUUUCACUAUGCCGCAAACACAACCUCACCAUUGCGCAAUUGGUAUAUGAGAAUGAGAAGAGUCUCGGCUACACAGAUGAAGAUAUUUACCGAAAGAUCUUCAAGAUCUGGGGCGUCAUGGAUGCUAGCAUUCUAGAGAGUGUGCAGGCACCAACGGGAUCUGUGCUUCCUGGCUCGCUCAAGCUUCAUCGCCGAGCGCCUGCUCUUUACCGACGAUUGACCCGAGGCUUGUAUCCUUCAUCUGCUGCUGAGACAUCAGCUGCGCAACUGGAGCACAAAUUCUCCUCACCCGAUCCGAGUAUCAACGAGGAUGGUGCCUCAUCACCUAAUGCUCUCGCGAAGACAUCAAAUGCUUCGGUACCUGAGAAAUUCAUGCCUGGGGGUAUGCGAAAACGUGGCCCUCCACGGAUACAUGGCUCCUUGAACCACCCAAUUGCGCCAGCUCCAUCACGCCGCACAACAUUCCCUACUAUGGAUUACCUAUCUGUUUACGCCAUUGCUGUUAACGAAACCAACGCUGGCGGUGGCCGAAUCGUCACUGCGCCCACCAACGGUGCCGCGGGCAUCAUUCCAGCUGUGCUCAAGUACACCAACGAGUUCAUCAGUGACGAUCCCGAGCGAGAUAUUCCUACAUUCCUUCUCACAGCCGCCGCCAUUGGUAUGCUUUACAAGCGAGGUGCUACUAUCUCAGCUGCCGAGGGCGGAUGCAUGGCCGAAGUAGGCGUUGCCUGCUCCAUGGCUGCCGGUGCUUUCGCAGCCUGCAUGGGAGCCAGCCCCGAGACCAUUGAGCAGGCUGCCGAGAUUGGUAUUGAGCACAACCUCGGACUAACAUGUGACCCCAUCGGCGGCCUUGUCCAGGCUCCUUGCAUUGAGCGAAAUGCGCUGGGCGCUACAAAGGCUAUCUCAAGCGCCAACUUGGCUCUCAGCAGUGAGACGGGUACGCAGCGGGUGAGGCUGGACGAUGCCAUCCGGGCGAUGCGACUGACGGCCAAAGGAAUGAGGAAUGAAUUCAAGGAGACGAGUUUGAGCGGAUUGGCUACGAGUGUUCACAUUAAUAUUCCGGUUAGCGUGCCUGAUUGCUAG